UCCUCGCAGGACGCCAUCAAGAGCCAGGUGAGGAAGGAGCUGAUGGCUGAGGCCGCCGCCAGCGAGAAAGGGCUCUCGGCAGAGGAAGAGGACUUUGCCUCCCCAGCCAAGGAAGGGGCUGCUGCCCUCUCUGUUUCAGGGGUCUAUUUCGUUUGCCCGUUGACCGGUGUGGUUGUAAGGAAAGACAAGAAGGAAAAGCAUCUCCGAGAAGCCAUCGAGUCAUAUUUCUCCGUAGACCCGGUGGCUGCCUCCAUCAUGGAGAUUCACACCUUCAAUAAGGACCGCGAGAAAGUACGAGUGGGCGUGGAGACCAUGGCCAAAUACUUGGAUAACAUCUAUCUCCAUCCAGAGGAGGAGAAAUACCGAAAAAUCAAACUGCAGAACAAAGUGUUUCAGGAAAGGAUAAGCUGCCUGGAAGGGAUACAUCGAUUUUUCCAGGCUAUUGGGUUUGAGACAAAAACACUGCCUGUUCCAGGACAAGAGACCACAGAGGAGUACUACGUACUGAAGGAGGAAAUGCUGACCAAGCUGGAAGACCUCAAGGACUACAAAGAGCAGCUUUUAAGCGCUGAGCCUGUGAGAGCCCAGCUGGAUCGCCAGCUCUGCGUCUUCAAACCAUCACCCGAAGCUGCUCGGUUCGAGCUGCCAAAUGACUUUUACAACCUCACGGCAGAAGAGAUCAAACGAGAGCAACGGCUCCGGACAGAAGCGGUGGAAAAGGCUUCGAUGCUGAGGACAAGAGCCAUGCGAGAGAAAGAAGAACAAAGGGAGAUGCGAAAAUACAACUACACCCUGGUGCGAGUCCGGUUUCCCGACGGCUACAUCCUCCAAGGGACUUUUUAUGCACGAGAGUCAGUAUCUGUGCUCUACAGCUUUGUGAGGGAAGCGCUCAGAGACGACUGGCUGCCCUUUGAGCUCUUGGGACCUGGAGGUCUCAAACUGACUGAUGAGAAUUUGCCCUUCAAUGAAUGCGGGCUGGUGCCCUCUGCCCUCCUGACGCUGGCCUGGGACGCAGCAGUCAUGGCAGACAUCCAGGCGGUGGGAGAGGAGCAGCCAGCAAGCGCCCUGAAACCAGAACUUCUCUCCAGAGUCCAGACUCUGUCAUGA